UUUGGGGAUACAUCUUAAAUCUUAAAGUGCCUUAACAAGCGGUUGUAACCUAAUAAAACCGACCUGAGACUCCACAGGGUGGGGGGGACAUAAAGACGAUUAUUAUCAGCUUUAGAGCACCAGGCAGGAUUAUUUCUUCCACCCCUCCAGCGCGCUGCAGCCAUGAGCCAGGCGGACGUGUCGACGUGCUCCGCGCCGCAGAGGGUUUUCCAGGAGGCGGUGAAGAAGGGCAACACCAAGGAGCUGCACUCCCUGCUGCAGAACAUGACAAACUGCGAGUUUAACGUGAACUCGUUCGGACCAGAAGGACAGACGGCCCUCCACCAGUCCGUCAUCGACGGGAACUUGGAGCUGGUCAAACUUCUGGUGAAGUUUGGCGCAGAUAUCCGACUGGCCAACAGGGAAGGGUGGAGCGCUUUACACAUCGCAGCCUUCGGGGGCCACCAAGACAUUGUGCUAUACCUCAUCACCAAGGCCAAGUAUUCCUCUGGGGCCCGGUGAUCUGUCUCUGCUGUCAGGUAAACAAGAACAGCUCAAUAAAAAGGAAGAAGAAGAAAAACAGAUUUAGCAGCAAAGACAAAGCCAGGCUCUUAAAGUAACAAGACUCGUGAUUUCAAAACUAGUUGUGCCAAAUUGUUCUUUUGAAAAGGAAAAAAAUAAAAACAGGCCUGUGCACUAAUCUUCCCUCACUUUAUAAACCAAACCGCCCCCCACUCCUCUGCG